CGCUGCGCUAGUCCACAUUCUACACGAGCGACUUUCUAAAGUUGUAGCAGCCAUGGUGUCGCCCAAGAGCAUUGUUUAUUAUGUCUUCCACCCCAACCAGUUGCGCUCGAUCAUCCAGUGGAAGGUCUGGCACAACCCCGUCCAUGAGCGCAACGAAGACAACGACUCCGCAAACCUCAAGCGAUGCUUCCACUUCCUCAAUCUAACGAGCCGCAGUUUUGCGGCCGUUAUCAUGGAGCUGCACCCUGAGCUGCUUGUUCCCGUUGCACUGUUCUACCUGAUCUUGCGUGGACUCGAUACGGUAGAGGACGACAUGACACUUCCCCUUGAGAAGAAGGAGCCCAUACUCCGAAGCUUCCAAGAUAUUCUGGAAAAGGAUGGGUGGACGUUUACAGAGAACGGACCCAAUGAGAAAGACAGGCAGCUGCUGGUCGAGUUCAAUGUGGUCAUUGAGGAGUUCAAGCACAUCAAGCCGGCAUACAAGGAUAUCAUCAAGGACAUCACCAAGCGCAUGGGCAACGGCAUGGCAGACUACGCGAACAAUGCAGAGCACAACCUAGUUGGCGUCAACACAGUCAAGGACUACGAGCUGUAUUGCCAUUACGUUGCCGGUCUCGUUGGUGAAGGUCUGACACGCCUUUUUGUUGAGGCUGGCCUUGCCAACGCUGCGCUGCUGAAGAAGCCGGAGCUCAUGGAGUCCAUGGGACAAUUCCUUCAGCAGGUCAACAUCACCCGUGACAUCAAGGAGGACUUGGACGACAACCGACGAUUUUGGCCUAAGGAGAUCUGGUCCAAGCACGUUGACAACUUUGAGGACCUGUUCGCGCCGGAAAACAAGCAGAAGGCAUUGGACUGUAGUUCAGAGAUGAUCUACACAGCUCUGACACGCGCGGACGACUGCCUGUACUACCUUGCAGGACUGCGAGAGCAGAGUGUGUUCAACUUCUGCGCCAUCCCUCAGACCAUGGCUAUCGCGACCUUAAACGCCUGCUUCCAGAACUACGACAUCUUCCAGAAGAACGUAAAGAUCACAAAGGGCGAGGCCUGCCAGUUGAUGGUCGAGUCGUCGCAGAAUCUCCAGCUUGUCUGCGAAGUAUUCAAGCGGUAUGGCCGCAAGAUUGCGAAGAGGAACAACCCGCACGACCCCAACUUCCUGAAGAUCAGCAUCACUCUCGGAAGGAUAGAGCAGUUCAUCGAGUCUAUCUUCCCAUCGCAGAAGCCGCCUGCUGAUACCAAGUCACCCGCCAGCGUCGAGGAGGCUGAGAAGGCGAAAAAGCAGGCGUACGAGGACAAGUGGGACAUCAUCUAUAUGACAACUGCUGUCGUCAUGACGGUGCUGAUCAUCACAUCCUGCAUGGUCUUUGUUGCCUAUCUUGCUGGCGCGCGUUUCGACAUCGCGUACUACGAGAUCAAAAACCAGCUGGGAGAACUUUUCGGCUGGGCAGAGCCCAAGAUCAUAGAGACAGUCAAAGUCGUGACCGAGAAGAGCGAGCUCUAAGCCGCUAGGGAAUAGUAAUCUUCAUGCCCAUAUGUGUUAUAAUGGCAGCGACAUACCUUCUUCGUGGACGCAGGAAUGCAGUGAAACCUAAUGCAUCUUGAACGGAUAUAUACUCGCCGCGUAACAAUGGCG